UAAACUGUCAGUACUCUGCCUGGGUCUGAAUUCUGCAUUCACCUCCACAGGUCCACCUUCAACUCUAUUUCUGAAUACUGACACCAGGUGGUGAAGGUGGUUUGGAGCGCUGGCCCUUUAAAUGCACAUGAGACAUUUCAGGCCCCGCCCCCUCCAAGAGAUUGGCUGUGCUGCUCUGUCCCGUUCAAAGGGAUCCGGAUCGGACCAGCUCAGAGUGCACAUGUCCGGUUCUGUCGUGAGUCGGACCCGGGCCCCGGUGGCCUUCGGGCGGAGGGCGGUACCGCGGCUGUUCGAGGAGCUCCGGGACCCGGACCCAGAGCGGAGGAUCCGGACCCUGAACUCACUCUGCGACCUGGUCCACGACCCGGAGCGGCUCUACCAGACCGUGACGGGAGGUUUUAUGGAUCAGAUCCAAGUUUUAUUAAAGGAUGAAAAUCAAGCGGUCCGAAGGAAAACCUGUGAACUGCUGCACCUGCUGACGUCACACAGCCUGGGCAGACAGUCCCUCCUGGUGUCAUCUCUGGUGUCCCCGUUGUCUCAGUUGUUGGACGACCCUUCAGGUUCCUGUCGAACCAGCAUCCACCGAGUCCUGAACAGACUGGCUCUGCUGCCCGCAGGUGCACAGGCUCUUCUGCCUCUGGUUCCCAAACUGAUGCAGAAGCUGAAGGAGGACCAGGAGGACCAGGAGGAGGAGCUGGUCCUCCUUCUGUCCACCCUCAGCUCCUGUUGUCGUAGUGACGCUGUUCCUGCUCUGUCAUUGGACGGCGUCGCUCUGCUCCGACACAAACUAGAACAUCAACGCACAGAAGUUCGAAGGAACGCAGCAGGAACCAUGAAGGAACUGAGUGUUCCACUGGAAGGGAAGCGUCAGAUCUGUGAGGAGGCGGUCAUUCCGGUUCUCGCUGCUCUGUUAUUGGAUGAGGACCUGGAGGUCCAGACCAACUCUGCAGGAACUAUCAUGAACACUGUGAUCCUCACUGAAGAACCAGGACCAGGAGGUCUGGAUCAGGAGGCGGUCUCUGAUCCUGUUCUGUCUGAGGACUCUGACUUCUGUGGCUGAAGCUCCAGAAGGACGGGUCCUCCUGCUGGACCAGGUCCCUCUGCUGGUCCACCAGACCCAGGAGGACCAGGACCAGGAGGUCCGACGGGCUGCCAAGACCGCCCUGAGGGUGGUCACCUGGACCCCC